CACACAUGACAUCAUUUCAUACUGUCAGUUGGCUUUUAUUUCAAAUGCAAAUCCUGGUUUUGGUUCAGAGUUAUUCCUUUGUCUUGUGAAAUUUCAGCCACUCCUUGUUUCCUCAUCAGGCCAUCCCAUUUUUCUCCCUUUUUUCCCACCGGUCCUACACUGGAAACUCCCCGGAGUUUCACAUACGUGAAUGUGUGUUCGUCAUCCUAUUUAGCAGAUGCAUAGGAACAGAUUCAGUCUUUCCCGGCUUCCUUUGAACGAUUUAAAGGGUGUUGUAAUAGUCUGUCGCUCAAGCGGUGAUUUCACCAGGUCUGUCUGUCUGCAACUAAGUAAAAAGGGAGACAAUCUAUCGCAAGUGAAACUGACUCUUGCGUCACCGCCGCUCCGCUUGGACCCAUUCCACCUAAUGCUUGUUAAGACUCUACCUGUCGUUCACACAAACACCUGCUGCUGGAGAUGUUCUUGCAGAUUGUGGUCUAAAUCGCUGUGGAAUUUUUUCCACCUGGUUGUCAGAGUGAGUCUGUGCUUGUUCUCGCAGACAGACAGAGCUAUUGAGAAAUAAAUUUGGUCUCCCCUCCUCUACCUCGUCCAGCCGGUCUUGCAGGUGCGAGUGGGUGGCAAUGCGUGUGUUUAUUCACCUUUCAAACCGGGAUGGUGGCGGGCGGUGCUGCAGCAGCAGGGAAGGGUGCAGCAACAGAUAAGAGGAUCUUAGUCUGCACUUGUUUGGCUCUGCUGUAACAGUCUUUCUCUCACAUCACCGCCGAUGUAACAAAGAGACAUGGGGGGGGGGGUGUGCAGUUUAAUUUAGAGAAGAAGAGUAGUGCCAAGUGAUCGUUGUGCCAGAUGUAGACGGAGACUGAUUAGGGCGGAAAGUGCUGGAAGAAAACGAGUUCUUUAAGACUGUUACUAUCUCUCUCAAACUCUCCCUGUUAAUGCUGACUGGCGAUGUUCUCUGGCCCGGAGAGCUGCAGGUUGGUUGUCUCCCCAGUGCUUGCGGGCCAAACGUCGAGUAAACACAGGGUGUGACCAAAGGCUGGAGCUGCUAUACGCCUCAUGCUGUGCUGUUUCUGCUCGCAGAGCAAACACAAUCCCAUUGACACACUCUCACGUCCAUUCCUCCCUGUUUCUGGGCUCGGUGACCUUCUUCCCAUGAGCAACUAGAGCUCGACCUCUGACCUCAACGUGAUCUUUCACCUCUACAACCCAAACGACGCCCACCGGGGAAGUGUGUAUGGAGCAGCGUGAGAGCGCAGCCGCUCUGCUGGAGUCUGUCAGGGAGCAGGAGGUGCAGUUUGAACAGCUGACCAGGGCACUGGAGGAUGAGAGGAGGAGAGUCGGCCUCCCCGCCACCAGCCCCUCUGCCCUGGGUCACCUCCUCCCUCACACGCAGAACGGGCGUCUAGGGGAUGCAGACAUAGAACGGCUGAAACUGACAGACUCGUAUUUAAACAGCACACAGUACAGGAUGGUGGACCCCGCACACGGCGCUCUAGAUGACGGCUACACACCAGAGGAUGACUCCCAGGAGGUGCACUCUGUCUUUUCUGACGAGGGACCCACACGGCGGCUGGACAACGGCAUGAAGAAACCAAUCACACGCACAGUCCUGCCCUCCGACUCGAUGUCCAUUGACGGCGGCCUGUCGGUGUCCGGUAUGGGCGGCUACAGCGCCACCCUGGACCGUCCUUACCGGCAGCCUGGACCGGGAGACUACCCCACUGCCACAGUGCCCAGGAACUACCACUAUGCCCCCGUAGGGGGCUAUGAUGACUACCGGGGAGGCCCACCGUCGGAGGCAUACACGAGCCUGAGCAGGGGCUCGCACAUGGACGACCGCUACAGGCCAGUUGACGGCUACCGGACCUUGGACUCCGGCUACCGCGCCCCGAGCCGCCAGCAGCUCGACCCGUAUGCGGCACAGCCCCAGGUGAGCCGGGGGAUGAGGGCCUUGGGCUCGGCGUUGGAGGUGCGGUACGGCCACGGCCACUACGGCCUGGAGGAUGACCAGCGCAGUGUGGGAUACGAUGAGUACGGCAUGGGUCCUCCACCUAUGCACCCCGGAGGCUACGGUACCAUGCCACGCUUGGGACCUGGCCACGUGACCAUGGACAGACGAAGACUCAGGAGCUGUGAGGACACUUUGGACGGUGACGUGAUGGGAGUCGACCCGUAUGCUUGGGGCGUUCCCAUGACGAUGGAGAGGGGAAGCAUGGCGUCACUAGACAGCACACUAAGGAAGCCUCCUCCUGGUUCGUGGAGGCAGCCAGAGCUGCCAGAGGUCAUCGCCAUGUUGAACUACCGCCUGGACCCCGUCAAGACCAACGCAGCUGCAUUCCUCCAACAUCUGACAUUCAGAAAUGACAAGGUAAAGUCGGAUGUGCGCCGCCUGAAGGGCAUCCCAUCCUUGGUGUCGAUGCUAGACCACCCCAGCAAGGAUGUGCACCACUCGGCCUGCGGGGCACUAAAGAACAUUUCAUACGGGCGAGACCACGACAACAAGAUCGCCAUCAAGAACUGCGACGGAGUGCCCGCGCUGGUCAGGCUGCUGAGGAAAACCCACGAGCAGGACCUCACUGACACCAUCACAGGCACCUUGUGGAACCUCUCGUCCCACGACUCUGUAAAGAUGGAGAUUGUGGACCACGCCCUGCACGCCCUCGCCGACGAGGUGGUCGUCCCUCACUCCGGCUGGGAGCAGGCGAGCAACGGUGGGGAGGAGAGCUGCAAGCCCCGCCACCUGGAGUGGGAGACCGCCUUGACCAACACUGCUGGCUGCCUCAGGAAUGUGAGUUCAGAACGCAGCGAGGCCAGGCGAAAGCUGAGGGAAUGCACGGGAUUGGUGGAUGCCCUCAUGUACAUUGUCCAAUCACAGAUCAACCGCAAAAAUGUGGAUAAUAAGUUGGUGGAGAACUGUGUCUGCCUGCUGAGGAAUCUGUCCUAUCACGUUCACCGCGAGGUCCCCGGCUGCGAGCGCUUCGCCGAGACCACUCCCGACAACCAGGGGCCGGCCCCAGCCAACAAGGGUGGCUGCUUUGGCUCCCGAAAGGGCAAAGAUGAGUGGUUUUCAAAAGGAAAGAAGGAUGGCGACGAUGGAAGUGGCGAUCAGAUCGACAUUCCAAAGAGGACGACACCCGCCAAAGGCUACGAGCUUCUGUUCCAACCGGAGGUGGUUCGCGUUUACACGUCGCUGUUCAGAGAGAGCAAGAACCCUUCGGUGCUCGAGGCCGCCGCCGGAGCCAUCCAGAACCUGUGUGCCGGCCGAUGGACUUAUGGCCGGUAUAUCAGGGCCACCGUGCGUCUGGAGAAAGGUCUUCCCAUGAUGGCGGAGCUACUGGCUCAUGGCAAUGACCGCGUGGUUCGAGCGAUGUCCGGAGCCUUGAGGAACCUCUCCAUCGACAGACGGAACUGCCAACUGCUCGGUUUGCAUGCGGUACCUCACCUUGUGGCAAACCUUCCGGGAGGCCAGAGUCAGUCUGGGCGCGUCCUAUCGGAGGAGACGGUGGUGUCUGUGCUGAGCACGCUCACUGAGGUGCUAGGCAACAGCUUGGAGGCAGCAAAGACCCUCCGAGCCUCUCAGGGCAUCGAGAGGCUGGUGCUCAUCAACAAGGACGGCAAGCGGUCGGAGCGCGAGGUGCGGGGCGCCGGUCAGGUGCUGCAGCUCGUCUGGGCCCACAAAGAGCUGCGCAAGCCUCUGGAGAAGGACGGCUGGAAGAAGACUGACUUCAUGGUCAACCUCAGCGCCGCCAACGGCCCGAGCACCCGAGCCAACGGCACCUACGAAGACGGCACCAUGCCGCUGCUGGACAAAGGGGAAAAGAGAGACAUGAUUCCACUAAAUGACCUCGGCCCUGAGGCUUAUUCGACACUGGACCAGAGGGAGAGGAGACACACUCUGGACGAAACCACUGACACUUUACCGCGAGGGGUGUAUGGGGGCAGAAAGGGCUCCUUGCCCCUGUUGGACUCCUACGAUGAAAAACUGAUAGUGUGCAUCACCCAGACUGGGCCGUCCCUGCCCUACCACUGCUACUGAGGAGAGAGGAUCCAGAUGCACAGACUCCCUCCCUCCCGCCUUCCCUCUCCUCCGCUUUCUCGCUCUCUCUCCAUCACCACACAGAUGGGAUUAGAAGAGGAGGGUUGGCAUCCAAAGAAAGUGGCCGUGUUGCAGUCAAACUAUUUCAUGCAACACGCACCUACUUUUUACAACUUCAUUUAAUUGUAGCAACAGAAAUGUAUUCCGAUUUUUAAAUUAUAAUUCUCCUCCAAAGGCAGUCACCUUUGACAAUCAUUUAAUCGUGGUGUUUUCAUCCUGCUUUUUUUUUUUUUUCUUGCUAUUGUCGACAUUUUGUUAAAUUCUGUCAAGCCAACACCCGCAUCCUGAUGAGGAAUUUGUACGUAGACGUCUAUGUAGGGUAUAUACUGUAUAUAAAAAGAAAAUGGGAUGACUGCAUUAGUUUUGGCUCAUUUAUUUAAAUCCUCCCUUUUACUGGGAGUGUUGGAGUUUGAGGCCGACAGACGGACAUUUGCCGGUUUAGAUUGAGAAUGUUUAUAUAGGAGUUAUUUUCUCUGUUGGGAUGAGCACAGGUGUAGACAAGGAGUGUGUAUGUGAGAAUAUGGACCUUGGAGUGAGUGAGGUUUUUUUCUUUUUUUUGUGCGCGUGCGCACGGACCAGACCCACAAGACGCGUUGCUUAUUUCAUCCGUUCAGGUUGUUUUUUUAUGGUGUGUUCCUCCUGCUGUGAUAGAGCUUCCGUUUCAUCCACCCACUGCCUCUUUGUAUUUGAUGACUUAGUUCCCCCCCUGACGUAAAAAGGAAGAAUACAAUUGGACUUUAUUUUUGACACGUCAAACUUGGCACUGAAAUGUGAACCUCGGAACAUUAUACACUACUAAAGCAGUGCGAAGCAACUCUACUGUCAAAGCUUCACACCAGAAACGACCAACUCUGAGGUUUAUUCCUCAUUAAACAACUAACCCUUCAGGAGGGGCUUUUUGGGUGGGGAAUAUUUAUCUUUUUUUGAAGUCAUUACUUCCUGUAUUUUUUUUUAUUUACAAUAUAAAAGUUGAUGGCAGUCAUGUUUUUACAAAAACUCCUAAAUAUGGAAGACUUUUUUCACAGGAGAAUUGGAUUCCAACAGAUAUUUAGGGAGGGAUACUGAUGUUCUAUUUAAUUUGGGAGGUGGAUGAAAAGUACUCUUGUCUGUCAUCCACAUGUUUUAAACUUCUUGUAUUUUUUCCACUUUGUUUUUUAUUUCAGCUUUGUCUGUAUGGGAGAGCUCAUUAUGCGAGUUGAUUUGAUUUUAUUAGUUCAAGUUUUAACCCUGUUUUUUUUAUGGCAAAAGAGACCAAUCAUCUUUGUUUUUUUUACUCUCCACACAUAGUAUAUUUGUACUGUUGCCUAUCCAUGUAAAAUUAUGAUGUACGAUUCAUACCUGCCUUGGCUGAGAAUUCUGUAACUGGUAAAACUGUUUUUAUAAAUAAAGAUCUUUUCUUAGACAAGA